AUGAAGAUCAAAGCAAGCGCCGUCUUUUUCAUCGCAUCCCUGGCUCCAUCUCCCAGUACCACGCGAGCAUUUUCCCCUCGUGCCUCUCGUCGCGUCGCUGCAGCCACUCUUUCAAACCGUUUGUUCAUGUCGUCUACUGUCACUGCCAAUCCUCUUUUGGAGCAAGAAGGAUUGCCAAAGUUUGAAAGUAUCGAACCCAAGCAUCUAACUCCUGCAGUAGAAGAGCUGCUUAAAAAGCUUGAGCAAGACUUUGCCACUUUGGAAACUUCUUUCACAAAAGAUGAUUCUAAGAAGGAGUUGGAUCUUGACUACGAUCAAGUCUUGCCGGCUGUCGAACGUAUUCAAGCUCCCUUAGGUUACACAUGGGGAGUCGCAGCUCACCUGAAUGGCGUCAAGAACGGCGACGAACUUCGUGAGGCCUACGAGCAAAAUCAGCCUAAAGUCGUGCAAGCCAUGACUAAAUUCUCACAAUCCAAAGCUUUGUACGAUGCUUUGGAAGCCAUUGAAAAGAAGGCGGCUGACGCUUCCGAUCCGCCCUUUGUGUUGCAGCAAAAAAAGAGAGCCAUUGAUAAUUCCUUGCGUGGAAUGAGAUUGGGAGGAGUUGGUUUGGAAGGUGCCGAAAAGGAACGCUUCAAUGAAAUUAAGCUCCGAUUGGCCGCGUUGUCCACCAACUUCUCCAACAAUGUGCUAGAUGCAACAAAAUCAUUCAGCUUGACUGUUGAAACCGAGGACGCCUACAAGUUGGAGGGCGUUCCCGACUCUGCCAAGGCACAAUGGGCGAAUGCACACUUGCAAUUCUUGAAAUCGCAACAAAAAGAAGGCGAAGAAGUGGCAGAGUUGCCCGAGAUGAAUCCUCAAAAAGGACCAUGGCGAAUCACUCUGGAUAUGCCCAGCUACCUUCCCGCUCUUCAGCACAUUCCUGAUAGAGAGUUGCGAAAAGAAGUGUACAUGGCAAACUUGCAAAGAGCUUCAGAAAAGAGUGACAUGGAUGAGAAGAAUAACAUUCCUCUCAUCUACGAGAUCCUCGAGCUGAAGCAGGAAAUGGCCAAAAUGUUGGGUUUUGAAAAUUAUGCCCAGCUCAGUUUGGCCUCCAAAAUGGCACCAAGUGUGGAUUCCGUAACGGAAUUGACCGAUCUCAUGGCUGCGAAAGCGGUUCCAGCUGCGAAAAAGGAUUUAGAAGAAAUCACUGCGUUAGCGCGCGAAAAAGGUGGAGUCGAGUUGAAAGACGUGAAAGAGCUGAUGCCAUGGGAUACUACAUUUUGGAGUGAGCGCCUGAAGGAAAGCAAAUUCGAUAUGAAGGAUGAAGAAUUGCGGCCAUACUUUGCAUUACCAGCCGUUUUAGAUGGCAUGUUCGGGUUGGUAGAGCGAUUGUUCAACAUUGAAGUCAAAGUAGCAGAUGGGGAUGCCGAAGUUUGGCACCCAGAUGUCCGAUUCUUCAAGAUCUUGGAUAAGGACUCGGGGAAGCACCUUGCUAGUUUCUUCUUGGACCCAUACUCUCGACCGGAAAACAAACGUGGCGGUGCGUGGAUGGCUGAUUGCAUUGGAAAGUCAGAAGCAACGAAUCGUGAAAUUCCAGUAGCCUAUUUGACCUGCAAUGGCUCCCCACCUGUGGGCAAGACACCUUCGCUCAUGACAUUCCGAGAAGUUGAAACACUCUUUCACGAAUUCGGACACGGACUGCAGCACAUGAUGACUUCUGCAACCGUUGGUGAUGUUGCCGGGAUCAAUGGUGUGGAGUGGGAUGCGGUUGAACUCCCAUCGCAAUUCAUGGAAAACUGGUGCUAUGAUCGUCCAACGGUCUAUGGAUUUGCCAAACACUGGGAAACGGGCGAGCCAUUGCCAGAAGAGAUGUUUCAGAAGCUAUGCGAUCAAAAAGUAUUUAAUGCUGGUAUGAUGGCUUGUCGGCAACUAUACUUUGGUCAGAUGGAUAUGGAACUUCAUUCUGAAACUUUCGAUUCCAAAGCGGCUCAAAAGGGAGAGGGAAGGACCAUUUUUGAUGUACAAAAAGAGGUUGCGGCAAAAUACAUUCCACAUUCGAUGCCACUCGAGGAAGAUCGUUUCCUCUGUGCCUUUGGGCACAUCUUUGCUGGCGGAUACUCGGCUGGAUACUAUUCCUACAAAUGGGCUGAAGUUAUGAGUGCAGAUGCCUUUGGAGCCUUUGAGGAUGUAGGUUUGGAUAAUGAGGAAGGAAUUCAGAGAGUUGGAAGGAAAUUCCGCGAUACUGUGUUGUCCUUGGGUGGAGGUGUGCCUCCUAUGGAAGUUUUCAAGGAGUUCCGUGGGAGGGAACCAACACCAGAUGCUCUUCUUCGUCAUAGUGGCUUGGCUUGA